AUGGUAGAUGCAUCAUAUUCAAUGGAUGUUGCUAUUCGUACAGCGACAAUCUUAGCGUCCUUAUUAACAGCAGUUUGCUCAGCUAAAUUGAACUUUUUCCAUACUGGAAUGUUUUUACCAGCAUUUACACCAAAAACUAUUGAUGAUGUUCUUACAUUAGCAUUGACAACAAAAGCUCACGGUUUAACAGCUAAUGCUGCUGGUUUAGUAUCAUAUUAUGAUAAUAAAGAAAUCAUUAAAACAUUUAUUAUGGUAACAGAUGAAAUAGAAAAUACAGAUGUUCAUACGGCUGAUGGCACACCAACACGAUUCUUUAAUUUAUUUAUGAAGUAUCGUUCAGAAGUUUAUCCAGCUAAAUUAGUAUUUAUUUCCUUUCUCGAUAAUCAACAUGAUCAAGGUCAAAUGUACACAGAAUUUCUAAAUGCGAAUGUACCAGAUGUAAUUCAAGUCAGUUAG